AUGGCAUCCGCCAAGCGAGAGUCUUUGUCUGCGUGCACUUCAGUCGAAUCUAUGGGUAGUGCAAUGGCCUCAAUGCCCCACUAUCUUUCCACUGGCGUCAACAAGCUGACAGCUUCUGCUGUCGAUGAUGCAGUUGAUGCCCUGAAGACCAUGUUGUUACUCACCAUUACGGCACUUGGUGAAAUCAUCUAUUUCGUCCUCAACAUGAUGUACUCGACCUAUGCAUGUCUCAUUGCCGUUGCUGUCAAUGGAACAAUUAAAGCUGGUAUUGAAGUCAUCGAGUCAGCCACAACUUGGAUCAAUGGGACCCUCGUGGGAAUCGGCGAAAGCAUUGAGGACACUGUUGACGAAUACCAGAGCGGACUGGACAAAUUUAUCGAAAAGUUCAAUACUGUCGCUACCUAUUUCGAUAAGGACUUUGACAAGAUUGAUCUCAAUAGCACAAUCGAUAAAUUGGAAAACCUGUCAUUGCCGUCUUCUGUCAACGACACAAUCUCGAAGAUAGACGAGCUUGUCCUGCCCGAUUUCACAACCCUUCAGGCAGAUGCCAAAAAGCUCAUCAUGCUGCCCUUCAACGAGCUCCGCGACCUGGUCAAUGAUACUUUGGGCGCAUACAAGUUUGACUCUUCUGCUCUUUCAAUCCCCGCAAAGAAGCAGUUGACAUUCUGCGAUGGAAACAGCGGAAUCAACGAUUUCUUUGACGGCAUCACCAGCAUGGCUAUAACAGCACGCAAGAUCUUCAUCGCCGUUCUUCUCAUUGUGGCAAUUCUGGUCUGUAUUCCAAUUGCAUGGCAAGAGAUUCGACGAUGGCGCUCAAUGAAAGAGCGCUCUCAAUUGGUCCGCAAGGAGGCACACGACCCAAUGGACGUUGUAUACAUCGUCUCGCGGCCGUACACAGCAGCUGCAGGUAUCAAGGCUGCAAGCCAUUUCAGCAACAGCCGUCGCCAAAUCCUCGUUCGAUGGGCUGUCGCAUACGCGACAUCUCUACCCGCAUUGUUUGUGCUGGCCCUUGCAUUGGCAGCACUAUUCGCAUGCUUCUGCCAGUGGUUGCUUCUCCACCAGAUCAAGCAAACCGUCCCCGAACUGAGUGCUGAAGUAGGCGAAUUCGCAGAUAAAGUCGUGGGCGCCUUGCAGAACUCCUCAGCUGAAUGGGCCAAUGAUGCCAACGCUGCCAUAGGCAAGGUCGACAGUGGUCUCAACGAUGACGUCUUUGGCUGGGUCAAUAAGACAGCAGGAUACAUCAAUGGAACCCUCAACUUCUUCAUUACAAACACAUCCGACACCCUGAACUCGACAUUCUCAGGCACAGUCCUCCAAGGCCCGGUUAACGACCUCUACUACUGCCUCGUUAAACUGAAAGCCGAAUCAAUGCAAAAGGGUCUAGACUGGGUAGUCGACCACGCCCACAUAUCCCUCCCCACAUUCCCAAACGACACAUUCUCCGCCGGAGCCUCAGACAGCAUAAACAGCACCUCAAAUCCAUCAGACAGUUUCCUCGCCGACGCAGGCGACGAAACAUCCAAUAAGAUAACCGAAGUCGUCAUCCGCGUCGUCAACAAGCUCGAAAGCGCAGUGCGCAUCGAAGCAAUCAUCGCAACAUGCAUCCUCCUAGUCUGGGUCUUGAUCGCUCUUAUCGGAAUUAGCCGCGCGAUGCUCUUAUUCUGGGGUCGGGAGAAGCCUCGUGGGGAGGGCGGCCAGGGUCAUAUUCUUGAUCCUGUUUCUCAUGGUCCGCAUGGUCAUGGUACUCAGCCUGGUCGUAACUCGAAUGUGUUUGAUGAGGUUCCACUUACUGCUAUGCCGCGGAGUAUGAAUGCUGAUGGUCAUGUUGCUCCAGAGUAUACGGCUGCUUCGGCUAGUUCGGUGCCUGGGGCUGGUGGGCAUGGCUAUGGGGAUGAAAAGGUUGGGUUUGCUGGGCAGAGGAAUUAUGGGAAUGCGUUGCAGGUUGAUGCUGGGCCUGAUUUGAGGGGGAGCUUUCAUGUUGAGUAUGACGUGAAGCGAUGA